AGUUUCUGCUCUGAUGCACACAGAUCUAGACAGUCUGGAUGGCUACAUCCCUGAUCAUGGAGACGAUUCCCAGUGGAUAUGAAGAUGAAGACCUGAUUGAGCUGGAAGCUGUUGGGAGAUCACACCGAUCAGUGAGAUUUGAUCUGACUCAUGGGGACCGAGAAGACCUAGAGGCACAGCAUUGCCAUGAGCCCAAACACACAAAUACCCUGCAGAGGAACAGCUGGUCCUCUUCAACACAGAUGGUCCUGUCCUCCAUGCCCAGUCGCUCUAUCAGAUGGAAUCAGACCGCUGUGCUCUCCCAGAACCAGAGCCGAUCCGCCAAAACGCGAAGAAGACGAGCGCCUAACCCUGUCUCCAGCACUUCCAGCGCUGCAAACCAGCAUGUGUUUAGAGGGCGGGAGGACUGCGCUCAUGAUGCUACCCAAAAGGAGGAGCUGCUGAAUAAACUACAAGAUUUGCCUGCUGGAGAAUGUGUACGUCUGUUGCGUGAAAUGCCUCUUAGUGUCUCUAAGAAGCGUGAGAUCAGAGCUUUAUGCUUCGGCUGGGAGCUUGAACAGCCUCUCUCUGAAGACAGAGCCCUGUGCUGCCAUCAGUUUAAAGCUUGUUUCCUGAAGGUUUUGUCUGGUUGCUGGUUAGGUAGACUGUCACUGCAGAAAUCCCUUCAGCUCUGGCAGAAAGUGCUUAAAAACAUCAGUGCUCGCUUUGGCACCGGGAUCCUGUCCUAUUUCAUCUUCCUCAGAAGAUUGUUACUCUACAACAUCCUCUUCUUCCUCAUCAACGGCCUUUUCCUGCUCCUGCCACAAAUCUCAAAUCCACCUCAACCUUCAGAAGAUAAACCCACUGACUUCUGGAUGCUUACUGGCACGGGUAUUCUCACAGACUCUGUGAUGUUCUAUGGCCACUAUACCAACUCCACAAUUGGAAAUUGCCAAGCUCAAACUAAAAUGUGUCCUCACAAUUACAACAUACCCCUGGCAUAUAUUUUUACUAUUGGAACAGGCAUGUUUGUUACAUGUGUAAUGCUUGUUUACAGGAUGUCUAAAUCAUUCGAAAAAAGUUUCUGCACAUUCAAGACUACUGGUAACCUAUCUUUAAAGGUUUUCUGCUCUUGGGAUUUUAAAGUCUGCAGGAAAAGGUCUGUUAAACUGCAAGCGGUGAACAUCUGCACUCAGCUGAAGGAAAUGCUGUCAGAGCUCGGCUGCAGAAAACAGAAGAGGAACUUGUGUUCAACGUUGGGCUGGUUGAGUGUACACUUAAUAGUGUGGUCCGUUUGCCUACUUUGCAUUGGUGCCUGCAUGCUGGCUGUUUACUACCUCCCUCCUUACAUUGAGCAGGGCGGACUAUUGCCUGUUCAGGAAAAUGACCCAGUCCGUUUGCUGACCCUGCCUUUGGUGGUGUCGUGCCUCAGUCAUCUACUGCCUGGUUUCUUCGACAGCUUAUCCAGGGGGGAAGAUUACAACUCCCCAAGUGUUCGCAUUUACGUGUCCAUUGUAAGGAACCUGUUGUUGAAGGGUUGCAUUUUUAUUGUGCUGUGUCACUAUUGGCUCCAAAUCGAUGAAAGGAAUAAAGCCGGAAAGGACUUGCUGUGCUGGGAGACAUUUGUUGGUCAAGAGCUUUAUCGUUUGGUUUUAAUGGAUCUAAUAGUUGCAGUUCUGCACAUCAUCUUUGCAGAGUUUCUGUGGGGGCUGUGUAUUAGAAACUUCUCGUUGAGAAGCAGGAAACUGGAGUUUGACAUUGCACGAGAUGUUCUGGAGCUCAUCUAUGGUCAAACGCUUGUGUGGUUUGGUGUGCUGUUUUCACCCCUGUUGCCUGCAGUACAAAUUGGGAAACUGUUACUCUUGUUCUACUUCAAAAAGACAAGUUUGAUGAAGAACUUCCAAGCACCCAGGAAACACUGGAGGGCCACUCAGAUGAGCACUCUCUUCGUCAGCCUCCUGUUUUUACCCUCCUUCAUUGGGGCCCUUAUGUGUGUCAUAUAUACAAUGUGGAGGAUCAAGCCCUCCUCACAUUGUGGGCCCUUCAGGAGCUUCCACAACAUGCUCCUCUUAGGCAAGCAGUGGUUCAUCGGGCUGGGGAACUCGGAUUCCAGUUUGUACUGGCUCGGCAGGGCGUAUAUUCACUUGGUGGACAACCCUUUGUUCCUCUUCAUUUUUGCAGGCCUGUUCCUAACCAUUAUAUACAUUCACAUGCAAGUUUUGGAUGGCCAAAAGUUAAACAUUGGAAGGUUACAAAAACAGAUAGACCAUGAGGGUGAAGAUAAGAAGUUCCUCAUAGCUAAACUACAGGCCCUCAAUGAGGCGAUUGCUCAGCAGAGAGGUGUUUCAAUCACCUUGUCACCUGCUGAUUACUUGUAUUACCCAUGAAAGCUGGAUUCUACAGAAAACGAAUUUGGAA